AGGUAACUAGGCAACGAUAAAUAAAAUGGCGUCCCUGCCUAGCAACGUGAGGACGCUGUAAACAGUCCUCCGUGGACUAAGUGAGAGAGAGACGUGGUGGUCACAAUGAUGGCGGCGGCUGCCAGCUCUCCCGUAGUCCAGUACGGGAGAAGGAAAGGUUCCAACACAGCGCAGCAGAGAGUUGUAGUGAAAGGGAUACCAGACAGCACUGCAGAUGUAGAAAUGAGGCAUGUAGACCUCCGGCAAGUUACUGUUCUGCCAAAAGCAGAGUGGGAGCGUAUUGUGAAAAAUAGCAACGCCUUAGAGAAUGAAGCCAGGACACGUUAUGAAGAGCUGAAAGAAAGAGAAGCCUUGCAUUUACGUUCUAAGGAGGUGGUAAAAGGCUGGCCCAACACUAUAUCGGGUUUGAGACAAAAGAGACUGAAAUCAAAGCAACUUCGAGAGGAAAAAGAAGAAGCGGAAAAGGAGCGGAUUGACUUAGAGGAAGCCCAGUACCAGGCUGAAAAGAGGAGAGAGGCAAUAGAAAAAGCCAAGACCAAGCUUUACUACCAGAAUGACAAAGUCAGGGCGUUCCACAGUGGGUAUCUGCUUACUGAAGUCCUGAGGGAACGAGAUGCACAGAUGGAGCUAAAAAAUAAACUGCUGAAUAUGAGUAAUAAGCAAGACAAAGACGCUGUAUCCGACAUGCAGCGAGAGCUACAUGAAAGCAUGUAUAACGAGCAGCAGAGGGCGCUGCAGAAACAUACAGAGAGGAAGAAAAAUGCACAAGAUCUUCUGAAGCAGUUACAGGAACACAGGCAUGCUGCUGUAUUAGAGAAACAAGCCAACUACAAAGAAGGCGUGGAGAUUGGAAGACUGACCAGGCUGCAUGAGUGGGAAAUUAAUAAGUUGGCCAAAAUGAAAAUGGACGAAAAACGAGAAAUAAUGAAUGCUCACUUGGCACAUGUUGCAGACAAAAACUUCCUUGAAGCCGUCGAUAAACAGAAGGAAGAGGAAAAUGAUGACAUGGUGCGACAGUAUAUUCUUGCAAAGAAAAAGAUGGAAAGUCUGAAAAGAGAAAGGGAACUCGAAGUGUACAGAAAAACCAUUGAACGUAGGGAUAAAAUCACAGACUUGCUGGCAGCUCAAAUGAAAGAGAAAUUUGAUGACGAAGAACAGCGCACAGCAAACGCCAUAGCUGAACUGGAACGGAAAAGCAAAAAAGAGAAUCAGGAAAAAGAAGAAAAGAUAAAAGCAGAUAUAAAGGCAAUUACAGAGCACAGACUUGCCAUGAGAAAGAAAAAAGAGAAGGAAGAAGAAGAUGAGAAGCUAAGAGCGUUGCAGGCACUUCAUGAGAUAAAAGAGGCCGAUAACUUCUUUAUUGCACAACAAAAAGAGAAAAUGAGAAGAGCAAAGGAAGGGCAGAAGAAAGUACAGACAAUGCAGAUCCAACAGAUGGCGGAGAAGACCACCAUGUCACAAAUGGAAAGAGAAGUGGAGCUAGAAUAUGACAAGCAAAACUUAAUGGACUCUCAUAAGGAAGAGUUAGUCUUCCAGAAUUAUGCCAGGCAGGUGAUUGAUUCAGCCAUCAAAGCUGGGAAAAAUCCAUACCCACUAAAGAAAGCGGCAGAGAUUGGAACUGGCGGGGGACGUGGUCCAGUCUACCCUGAAAGGGGAGGUAUCCGGCCUAGUUACCAAGUGCAGGACACCAGCGGGGUCCAGCUACCUGCUUUCCAGAAUGUCACCACCCAAGAAAUAAAAGAAAUACACGAUUCUGGCGAUAUACAACAAACCAAGAGAAGACUUGGUUUUACAUUUUAAUGUUUUUUUUGCCUUCAUUGCAGCACUAUGAAGUGUUAAUUAAAACUAAUACAACCUUAA